GCUUGCGCUUCUGCUUGGCGCAUCGAUUCGGACGUAAAGGGCUAGUUGCUUCUAAAAGAGAGUUGCUAUUCAGUCCACGAUCUGGAACGAGCCCGGUGGUAAGUCUUUAUGAUGCUCCUGACAGAUAGAAGAGAGGAAGGUCUAACAGCGGUUGAGCAGAGCAAUAUUAUCUAUUAAUGGGACUGGAGCGCCCAUCGUAAACAGCGUUUCAGGGGAUGUGGAAUCUGCAGUAGGAAGUUGUUUUUGAAUGCGGAGCGAAGGGGCUUAGUCUCCAGCGAAGCACAGAGGAGAAAGGACCAGUAGCCCCAAGCUGGCUGUCGUCUCGAAAUUACUUCAGACACAUGGUACUUUUUAACAGUCACCUGACAGUCGGGGAGACCCUUUCUGUAUAACCAAGUUUUCGGAUUUCGCUUAAGAAAAGCGCCUAGAGGAACAGCUAUCUACUCUUCCAAUUAUCUUUCUCCGGUGAAGGUGGCAUAGACAAGCAAAGGCUGGGAUGUAAAAAAUAAACGAAUAAAGAAAGAAGGAAGGAAACGUAGAUGCAUGAGUGAUGAAAAAAUGAGCUGUAUGUGAUCACGGAAAGCUGCUUUUUGCCUCGGUUAGCCGUGCGCUCUUGGGCAGCGAAGAGCCCACUCCGUGACUCUGGAGAGAUCUGAGGGCGCGCUGCGCUGCGCCGCGCCGCUUCUUCCCUCCAGCAACAGAGCAAUUCACUCCAGACCUGGAUAAAGCCUUUGUGGAUCCUCGUCAAAUUCGGGCCAAGAGACAACCGUUAUCUGCUGGACAAACUGGAAUGCUAAGGGAUUAAGAAAUGGUCUUUUUGUAAUACGAAGGAGGCUGAAAGGUAUUGAAAGGGAGAGGGGCAGCAGGAUGAGUGAGAGAUACACACAAAAAGCAACUAAAGGAACGCUUCUGCUUAUUGUGUUUGUGAUAACCCUUUGGGGAAAGUCUGUAUCUACAGCAAGUCAUCAUAAAGCUCACCAUGUCAAAACUGGAACCUGUGAGGUAGUGGCAAUACACAGAUGUUGUAACAAAAACAAAAUAGAGGAAAGAUCGCAGACUAUUAAGUGCUCCUGCUUUCCUGGACAAGUAGCAGGAACAACGCGGGCUGCACCAUCUUGUGUUGAUGCCUCAAUUGUAGAACAGAAGUGGUGGUGUCAAAUGCAUCCCUGUCUGGAUGGAGAAGAAUGCAAAGUUCUUCCAGAUCUCAAAGGAUGGAGCUGUGCUACAGGAAACAAGGUUAAAACAACAAAGGUAGCUCGAUAGUUGAUGGUCUGCAGCAAGUCAAUGCCUGGCUUUUCUUUCAAGCUUCUGACAUGCAGUGGUAACCUGAAAGCAGAGGUCUUUGUACAUAAAGGAUUUUUCUCACCUUAGAGUUUAAAACAAAGUAGUUAUUUAAUGAAAAGAAAGAAGAGGAAAACAUUUAACACUGGCAGGAUGACCUGAAAAUGCAUUUGCUAUUUUAUAAAGAAAAGGCACGCUGCAACUUUCUGACAGGGAAAACCUGAGACUAGCGACUGUGGAUUCUUCUCAAACAGAUCAUCCUAUAGUGCUUCAAACAGCCAAAGACAGCAUGUAUUAUUUAACCAUGGAUGAUGUGAUGUGAGCCAUUAAAAGAUUCCUGGGAAUUUAAGGUGAUGGCUGAGAAAUGAAAAUCUGAUGCACAUAAAUAUGAGAGAUACAUUUUCUGGAUUAUUUUUAAACUUCACAAGAAAAAUUUCUAAUAUCUUGGAAUUGUCUUUGUUGUAUGAAGACUCCACACACAAUUAAUGGUGACAACUAUUUAACAACUUAUGCCUUUCUUAAAACGUCCAACGUAUAAAAAAAAAAAAAGAUGAAGAAAGCAAUGAUGGCUGAGUAGCCUUACUGUAUUUUUUCGAGUUACACAAUGGUUAUUCUUAGGUUUAUCCCUUUUAAUUCUCCAGGGUGCUAAGGCGUUAUUUUGUAGCAUUAAAAAUCAGAAGAACCUGUUUAGAAAUGUUUUUUGACAUCAAAGGUGCUGCAGCCUUUCUGUCAAGAAGGUCGUGUAUUUUCUACAUUCGUAUUUUAGCAUGGUGGCCUACAGUACGUUUAUAUUCCUGAUAACAAGUCUCUUUUUUUUUUUUUUUUUUCUUCUUGCCCUUUAAAGUUAGGUCAGCAGAAAAUUCGCAUUUUGGCAUAUUCUCGGCUUUUUGAGAAAGCUGAUGUUUUUUUUUUCAUGGAAUAUGUACAACUUGAUCAAACUAAUUUCAAGCAACAGCUGAAAUACAGAAACCACUUGACAUUUCUGGGACACAUCUUGCAUUUCACUAAAAGAGAAGUUUCAUUUUCAUCUACUGGUCUGAUUUUGUUUUCCAACUUUCCCUCUUAUUAUAUGAAUUAAGGGAUUUAUUAAGAAAUACCAAAUGGGUAUAUUAGAUGUAUUAUUCCUUUGUCAAUACUUUUUUUUUAAUAACAUCAAUUACUUGCUGUUUCCAUUUGCAGAAGCAUGUAUGAUUUUUAAGAAAGCUAUAUUUUUAAAAACAGAAGAAGGUGAAACCAUAUUUUAAAGCAAUGUUUCCUCCAUUUUUACAUUGGCCUUUACAUAUAUUUGAGCACCAUCACUAGAGGAUGUACCACUAUAGACCAGUUAUAAAAUGCUUCAUUUAAUUAGUUUUGGGAAGCCUUCCUGGAUACAGUAACAUUUAUUUUGAGGGCAAUUAUAAACUAAUAAUUGAAACAUGCUUAUAUAAUAAUACAUUUCAAAUUCAGGUAGACGAUUUAUGUGUUUCUCUGUACACAUCAUGUGAUCACAGGCAAGGUCUAGUGGUUUUUAAGCUUUAUUAAACUGUGUUGUGAUGACAGAAUGAGCACAAAUAUCAAUGUCUGAUAAGGUUAUCUGAAGGUUGUACCACUUUCAUAACUAUAUACUGUAAGCAUCCAGAAUAAGAAAUAUUGUAGGGCUUUAUUUAGAAACAGAACAAAAAUCUGACCAGUUUAUACUGUCAUCAGAAUUAUUGUGUAACCCAAUACUUGAUUUUUUUGCUAUGGUUAUUGUUAAAUAAAUAGUAUACAUAUAAAGUAUGCAUAAACAGGCUAUAUUUCAGCAUAAAUUAUUUGUAAAGUUCAUUUUCCAAGAGUUUGUUAAAACUUCUGAACUGAGGAGUUAAAGAAGUUGACAUUAAUAUCAACUGAAUUGGACCAUGUAGAAUCAUCCACAUCUUACUGUCUGAAAUAUUCAGUUGAAGCAUUUACUUAGAAAACCUAUUUAAACAAUAGCAUUUUUAAAAAAAAAUUUUCAAAUGGCACUUGGGGAAAAUAUAACAUUAAUUUGUGCAAUAGCAGGCCAUCUACCUUAAAGUAAAAUACAUAUCUAGCAGUUCUGCUACAUGUAUUAUCACAGAGCAUGGAACUCAGCAAAUGCUUCAAAAUAAUUUUUACCCAUAUGUCUUUUUAAAACCAGAAGGUAGGUAAAUAUAAAUGGAAAAAACUGUAGGCUGUUAGGUUUAAAGCUUGAAGUGCACAUAAUCAUUCAUACUUGCAUUGGAAAAUAUUUGUUUUAGUUUAAGAAACAAAACAAUUAAAGUUUUUUGUCUUAUAAAAUGUAACUGCAAUGUAAUAUAUUAAAUGAUAAAGCUGUCCCAUCUAUAAAAUGUAUUAUUUACAGUAAGUUAAUGUUGUC